GCAAGCGGGUGGUGGUUCAGAUAGAGGAACACUGACAGAAAUGCACACACACGUACAUGCAGUGUGGUGUCUCUCAUUUCCUGCCUGAAACAAGGCGGGGAAUAACUUCAUUCUGCAAGGCAGAAACAAGGCCUGCAAUAAAAAUGUCUAAAAUGGAUGUUGUUUCUGGAUGUUUUUCAGCGAUCUGAUCUUUACAGACCAGCCUUCUGUUUGUGUGAAGUUCAGAAAGCAAUGAGGCCACUGUGCAAUAAGGGAAAAUUGUGUGUAGCUGCAUAUAUGAAAGCUAAGGAUUCAUCCAGCUGCCUUGCCGGGUCAGUGUGAGCCCCACAGUAUCAUUUACAAAAGCUGGGAAAGACGCUUGAAUCUGGGCACCAGCUCUAGCCUUUUAUCUUGGGGUCUGGGCCUCGUUCAGCAGCCCAGCAGAGAUACCAGUAUCUUGCCAAAGGCCAGAGCUUAAGCCGGUGACCAGUCCUUCCAGUCUGAGGCACAGAGCCACUGAGGCGUAACCCACUGGACCACCUGCCGCACCCCUGAGGCUAUUUCUGUUCUUAAAGUCCUUUAUGGACUUUCUUUGCCAAUAUUCAGGUAACUGCAUCACUGAAUAACAUUAGCAGUGAACGGUGUCUUAGCGGCUGGCCGGAUUUCACCAUGACACCCACCAGAAACACGCAGAGGUCAAAGGUGGCAGCAGAUGGGUAUGACCAUAAACGGGACCAAAGGGCAGCCAAGCAUGAAUUCCUGAGAGAUCGCAACAAUGCGACGACCUGCCGGAGCCCGGCUCGGCAGCACGCCGUGGAGGGGAGGCGAGCUGAGCUGCAGCAGAAGCGGCAGACGGAGUUUUGGAAGCGGCGGCAAAUUGAGCCCACAGUGGUGCCGUCGGGGGCUGAGGAGGCCGUCCAAAAGCCACCGAAAGUGGUCCUGCGGGAGAAGACGUGUAAAGCCAACCCACUGGACAGACGGUCGCUGGUCAUGGCAGAAGACUUAGGGAUCACAUGGCCUGACGUAACGUCCAUAGAAAAGUCCCCGUGGUUGAAGCCAAUUCACAGCAGACGAGAGAAAGUACCGGGGAGGGAAGGAGCGAGCAGAUCUCAGCAUGGCCCCCCAGGGCUCAGUCAGCACUCCUCGCUGGAGAGGAUCAGAGCAACGUGGCAGACAGGGGCCCAGAGGCGGGACGAAGGGCUGAGCUCCCAGCGCCCACAGCGGGAUUCCAGUGCUCAGACAGAAUCUGGCCUUAUAACUAUCAGGAAAUCGGACCUGCUCCAGUUGGCUGACUACUUACAGGAGGCCCUGUGGAGAGAGGAGAACCUGAAACAGAAGCUCGCCAUCCUUCAGAAGAGUACCUCCACCCUGAUGAUGUCUUCAGACAAGCUGUGGACGACACGCUGCAGUGAGGACCUGACGAGAAGUCGGAUCGAGACUCUGGAGGCGCAGUUGGAGUUGUGCACGCAGGAAUUCAGGGGGGAUGGAGUGAAAAAGCUGGUACUGCAAAUGGAAGAGCAGAAGCAGACAUAUGAGGAGAGGGCCCUGGAAGCCCUGCAGAAGGCCAUCAACGAGAAGGUGCAGGCGGAGAAGAAGGCGGAGAGCCUGGAGGAGGCGCUAAAGGCUGCCCUACUGGAAUCGGAACGAUGGAAGAGCUUGUCCCAGCAGCUGAAGGAGAGCUCUGAAGAGCUGAUGAGAAACCAGGAGCAGACAACGGACAGGUUGCACCAGCUACAGAGUGAACUGGAGAGGGCAAAAGGACAGGAGGCCGACCUGAGACACCAGCUGUGGGAUUCGCAGCAGGAGGGCGCAGAGUUACGCUCCCAGCUCAGCCAGCUGGAAGAUGACAACCAGCUCCGGGGGGAGCAGCUUGAGGAGAUGAGAGAAAAACUGGAAAAAUAUGAAGAAUACAGUUUAAGUGGAAACUUCUUCCAAAGUGCCAGGUGUGACAUGUGGCAGGCGUGCACCCCAGAGGACCAGCCAGGUGCUGAGCCUGAGCAGGCCGUGAGCCUGCCCCCCAGGGCCGAGAGUGACAUGGAGGCCCAGCUGCAGGACACCCAGCAGAGGCUCACCCUGAAAGAGAAUGAGUGCAAGGACCUGCGAGCUGACUUGGAGGCUGUGGAGCACGAAUGUCACACCUGCCUGUUCCGCCUGGCCCAGUGUAGGGAGGAGCUCAGACGCCUGAAUGCCCGCAGGAGACGGAGCUGUGGCUGCUCCUGGCUGGGCCUGUGUUUCCUCAUGGCCGUGGUGAUGGGCACACUGACUGUGGUGCUGCUCUACCAGCCCGUCUACGGCGAGCGCCUGCAGGAGGUCUGCCGGAGCCUGAGGCAGCGAGUGGAGAGCUACAUGCGGGAGGCAGCCUUGCCGAGCCACUCCGGAUGCUACAGACCGGUCUGAUAACACUGCCCAAAGAGAAAGGGAAUGGGCAGCGCUCCAUUCUGCAGGCGUGUGUCACUUGUGAGGAACGUCUGAGAGCAUGCCAGAGACUGAAGAAAGCGUUAUGUUCAGCCUCUCAGGCUACUGCGAAUGUUAAUUCGCUGUGCCCUAAACGUAGUGUCUUCCUGUCAAUAUGCAGCAUACAGUAUUGUAAAACACAUAAUUUGCGAUUUAUAAUUUUUCUGUUUUGUUAAAACUACUUAUUGCUUUUUCUGCCAUAGAAGUCCUUAGUCUCUCAGCCUUUCUGCAUAUGACAUUCCACACACACCAAGGCCUUGAUAGUCAUUGAAUGGAUGUAUUUUCCAAGUGGUAUGAGAGCUCAUAUUUUAGGUUUUAUAUAGCUAGAAAUGGUAGACAGAGCUGCGCUGUUAUAUUUCAUAUCUUUCUCUGCCAAUUUUCAGUCUGCCUUCUUUUAUAAUGUAUGCCUGUAAUGUUACAAAAGCACUGAGUAUAAACUGACAGUUUUGGGCGGGAGGGGGUUCAAUGACCCCUUUAACUCAACAUCCAAAGAGGAUGGGGGUGGGGGGUGGAGCAUGUAGCUGUUGUGGGAGAGGAUGCCGUACUCCUUGUGUGGUUAGGACAGGGCACAAAAAUGGGGUGAGAUGUCAGUCCAUCUCAGGACAUCAUGACAUCUGCCUUAAUUGUUCUCAUUUAAAAAUAAUACCACACACUUACAAUGCAUUCAUAACAAAGUUACCAAUUAAACCUAUAAAUUAGUUUGUUUAUGCUUAAAAAUGGCCAGACUUUUAUGAAUUAAGUGGGGAGUAAUUCAUCAUGACAGCUACUGUCAAAAUGUUAAAUAACCAAGCUGAACAGUUUUGUUUUAUCAUAGAAACAUACAGCUGCAAAAACAUACAACAGAAACCGAGGUACACUUGAAGAAAAUGUCUAAAUAUAAUUAAUAACUAGUAGUUAAAUAAUUACUAGUAGUUUAUAUUUCCAGUACAUUAUUUUUACAUUAAGGUCCAAACAUAUGGCAGUAUUGUUAUUCGUAUUAUUUAACUGUGUUAUUGAGUCUGAAGGUUGUGCAGGUGUCCUUCCUUCUCGGCUCCUCCGGUCAAACUUCACACACUAUACUGGCCCAGUUUUUACUCUCAUUUUUUACAGAUUUUACAUUUUUAUUUUUCUACCUUAAUAAUAUUAAAGAUCUGUUACUAUAUUGUUCAUUGUGUUUUAUUUGUGAAAUUGACAGUUUUAAUGUUGCUGAAAUAAAUUGUAAAAAAUG